GCCAACUCCGUGGGUGCUCCGCGCGUUCCGCAUGGGCCAAGACUUGCCAUGGAGCCGGAGGGGCGGCGGCGCUCCCGCUCGGAGGAGUUUCGGGAGCGGGAGGUGAAGGAGGGCGACGUGCAGAGCUCCUACUUCGAUGUGAAGCUCCAGCCCGUGGCAGGGGAGCAAGACGAACGGAGGGGCUCACGGGGCCGGGAGCUCUUCUGGCGGUCCUUGGUGGAGAGCGCUGCGUGCUCGGAGGUGGCGGUGAAUCUGCUGCUGCCCAGCCUGGUCUGCAGCCGGCGCUUGGGCGCCUGGCGACCCCCCUCGGAGUGGGUGCUGCUGCUUUUGACCCUGGUGCUGAAUCUUGGAGGCAGCUUCCUGGAGGGCUUCUUCAAGUCCACGCGCCUGCUCUCCCAGACGGUGCGCUGGAGCCAGAAGGAUCACCUGCAGGUCUUCGUGACGGCGGAGGCCUUCAGCGCGGGCUUCCUCAGCGUGGCUACCUCCUUUCCCGGGGUCUCCGGCAGCGCCAGCGGCAUCCCCCUGGGUUUGAACACGCUCUGGUUCGGCGCGCUCUUCUCCUUCUCCAACAUGUUGCUGGGGCUGCUUUGCUACUUGUGGGGCUGCCGCCUGGGCCGGUCCGCCGUGCAGCGGCGCUGGGCCCAGCUGCUGCGCUUCGCCCACGUCUGGCCGCAGGCGGCGCGGGCUGCGACGCUUCUGGCGGUGCUGGCGCCUGUGGCGCUGAGCCCCGCCUGGGCGCAGGUGGUCAGCUUCAACCUGCCGCUGGACCUGGCAGAGCCGGAGCUGCGGCCCAGCGGGGAGUGGCUGCCCAAGCUGCGGUACAAUGGCUGGACCAUACUGGAAUGUCCAAGCUUUGUCUUUGGCUUGCUCUGCGGCAUCGGCAUGAGCGUGGUGGGGGCGGCGCUGGCCACCUUCUUCUGCGGGCGCUUCGACAGCCGCAACCGCCCAGCGGCGCGGCUCCUGUCCAACGUCUUGGCCUCUUUGCUGGCCUACGUCGCGCGGGCGGUGGACGCUGCCCUGGACUCCGCGCAGGGAGGUUCUCUCAGCACCAGCGACUUCCUGCGCUCCAAGUUUGUCGGCAGCUUUUGCGGCGCCUUGUCGGCCUUCUCGGGGACGAUCGGGGACAUCGCGGACAUGCAGUUGGGGAGCGCCACGGAGGACAGCGUCCUGGACGAGAAGGAAGGCCACAAAUCCCGGAGGUUGACGGACCUCUCCAAGAUCCCUGCGGUGUACAACUUUUUGCUGCACUGGGUGCUGACGCUGCUGGUGAUGUGGGGCUGUGCGCGUUUUGAGUCCUGGCCCCAUGAUUUGCCGACGCCGCUGCCUCUGGCACCAUCCGUGGCUAUGCCUUUGACCGCGUCGCCAUUGCCAGCGCGGCCAUUGGUGCGAUCUCAUGCCGUUGUGCGGUGGGGCGUGCUGGAGCCAGAUAACGAGGUGUAAACAGCGCGAAGGGGCUGCAGCACCUCUUGCCACAUGUGUUGCCUCCUUUUGCCAAGUG